AUGCCACCCAGGAAGGCACGCCCCUCCACGGGCGACACGCCCAAAAAGGUGUCCACGCCCAAGAAGACUACACCCAAAGCCAAGGCCACACCCACCAGCCCAACACGUUCACACAAGAAGUUGGGACCACACCACGCCAACGUCGUCCCCGGUGGUGCCGCCUCCUCUAGCAGCAGCCAUGCGGUUGAUCUUGAGACUGUCGAGCUCAACCUCCAGACCAUCCUCAGCCAUCCCGUGGACACCGUCAAGGCCCUCCUCUUUGCGCGCCGUUACUUCUUGCUCGUUGCUGGACUGCUCGCGCUGGGAAACUUGGUGGUGGGCGCGAUUAUUAUUUUGAAGGUCCCUUACACCAAGAUUGACUGGCCCGCAUACAUGCAACAAGUCGACAUGUUCCUCGCGGGCGAGCGCGAUUAUUCCAAGAUUGAAGGCGAGACAGGCCCGCUCGUCUACCCUGCACUCCACCUGUACAUCUACACUGUGUUCCACAAGCUCCUGCCCGCAGGAGCACGCGAGCGUCCUGCGCAGUGGAUAUUCCUCUGUGUCGAAUUCAUCACUUUUAUUCUCGUCUCGGCCAUCUACUUCCUCGCUGGCCGUACCAAGCACGUCCCACAAUGGCUGCUCAUUCCCCUCGUGCUCAGCAAGCGCUCCCACUCGAUUUAUCUGUUGAGGCUGUUCAACGACCCCUUCGCCAUGGUAUUGUUCUACGCCAGCGUGGUGCUGUUUAUGCUCGAGAACUGGAAGGCCGCCUCUUUCGUCUGGAGCCUCGCCCUCGGCGUCAAGAUGAACAUUCUCCUCUUCCUCCCUGGCCUUCUGGUCAUUCUCUUCCAGUACCGCGGCUUCUUCGGUGUCGUCGACAGCACGGUGAUCUUUGCCUGCGUGCAGGUUGGUCUGCCCGGCAUCUACUUCUUCGACGACAAGCAACAGCUCAAGAUUUACUUCUUGUCCGCGUUCGAUUUUGGCAGGCAGUUCCUGUACGAGUGGACUGUCAACUGGAAGUUCCUUUCCGAGGACAAGUUCUUGUCCCCGACAUUUGCCAAGAUUCUCCUGGGCGCCCACGCUGCCACGCUCGUUGCGUUUGGCCUUUGGCGCUGGUGCCCCGUCCCCGGCGGUACCGUGGCCACCUUGGGCCGCGGACUGCACAACCUCCGCGCGCUGUUCCAGCCUGCUAUCCCCAUCACGCAGCUUUCGUCUGAGCACAUCCCCCUCGUCCUCUUCACCUCCAACCUGAUCGGCAUGACGUUCGCGCGCAGCCUUCACUACCAGUUCCACGCAUGGUACUUCCACCAGCUGCCCAUGCUGCUGUACUUUGGUCUUGGAAACGGCGCCCCCAGCGUGCUGCUCGGCUGCAUGAUCCUUCUCGAGCGCGCAUGGGACACCUUCCCCGCCACGCCCGGCAGCUCGCGUACUUUGCUCCUCGUCCACCUCGCCAUGAUCGCUGGACUGUGGCUCAUGGGUCCCAAGCCCAAGCCCGCAGCGGCCAAGAACGCCUAA